AUGAAGUUCUCCCUGUUCGCGGCUGCGGCUUUCGUCCUAUCGGCUGAGGCUCACUGCAUCUUUCAAGAGCUCUCAGUCAACGGCCAAAAACAAGGCUCUCUAGUUGGUCUUCGCGCACCGAACGACAACAACCCGGUAUAUGACGUGAGCUCCCAAGACAUCAUCUGCCAGAAGCAAGGCCACACGUCCGACAAAGUCAUCAGUGUCUCUCCGGGAGACAAGCUAGGAGCUUACUUCGGGCACAUCGUCGGCGGUGCGCAGUUCCCCAACGACCCCGACAACCCAAUCGCCAAAUCCCACAAGGGCCCCGUCACAGCCUGGCUCGCGAAAGUCGACAACGCCGCAACGGCGAGCAAGACGGGAUUGAAGUGGUUUAAGAUCUGGGAGGACACGUUUGACCCGUCGAGCAAGCAGUGGGGGGUGGACCACAUGAUCUCGAACCAGGGGUGGGUGAACUUCCAGCUGCCGCAGUGCAUCGCUCCCGGUGACUACCUGAUGCGUGUCGAGAUCCUGGCCCUGCACUCCGCGAAGUCGCCUAUGGGCGCCCAGUUCUACAUGUCGUGCGCCCAGCUCAAGGUCGGCGGCAGCGGCACCUUCUCCCCUAGCCAGACCGUCAGUUUCCCGGGGGCCUAUCAGCAGAGCGACCCGAGCAUCGUCGUUAACAUCUAUGGCGCCCUCGGCCAGCCCGACAACGGCGGCAAGCCGUAUAGCGCGCCUGGAAACGUCCCGGUCAUCAAGUGUUAACUUAACUAACCUACCUGUUAGUUGAAGCGAAGACUCGAACUAACGCAAUAGUCGCCCGUGAAAAGCGAUAGGUUGGUAUUGCUUCUGGAGCGGAGAAUUGUGAUUGGCUGCCUGGUAUAUUCUCCUAUGCAUAUGGUAGACCAUAGCCUUGCAGGUCUAUAAAUAUAUGACAGCCGCCAAUAACCAAUAAGCCACCGGCAUUUUGACCCAGCCCAACUCAUUAAUAUGACUGGUCAUACUAUAGGAUUCAUUCUGAAAACUGCAUGUAACCGAAUCACGUGUAUCUGUGUGACUUUUAAGGAGUGUUUGCCGAAAAAAUGCGACCAACUUCGAGUUUCGAAUCGGUUUGUUAGGACUCAAGAUGCGGUGGUUAUCGAUUGUUGAACGAGCCUCUACCGUCUUCCGAAAGGACGGAUGAAAAUACCUAGUGUUUCAUUACCUAGCCGCUCUGUGACUCUAAACGUUUCUAUAUCUGGAGGAUUUGUUUGUCCCUGACAAAUCCUAGCAUGCGGGGAAGCAAGGGAAAACUGACGCGGUCGAGUAAUGAGACGAUCC